AUGUCUUCCGCAACCUCAUUCUUCGAAUUCGAGCCCGUUGACAAGAAGGGCGAACCCUUCCAGCUCAGCUCACUACAAGGCAAAGUCGUCCUGGUAGUCAACACCGCCUCCAAGUGCGGUUUCACCCCCCAAUUUGAAGGCCUCGAGAAGCUCUACAAAGGCCUGAAAGAGAAAUACCCCGAAGACUUCACAAUCCUCGGUUUUCCUUGCAACCAGUUCAACGCCCAAGACCCCGGCUCGAACGACGAUAUUCAGUCCUUCUGCCAGCUCAACUAUGGUGUGACAUUCCCUGUUCUCGGCAAGCUAGACGUGAACGGUAAAGAUGCCGCGCCUGUCUUUGCUUGGUUGAAGGAGCAGCAGCCCGGUGUGAUGGGUCUACAACGUGUGAAGUGGAACUUUGAGAAGUUCCUUGUUGGUGCCGAUGGAAAGGUUAGCGGUCGGUGGUCAACCUUCACCAAGCCCGAACAGCUGGAGGCGCCGAUCAUUGAGCAGAUUGAGAAGGCUCGGAAGGCGGGGACUCUGGCGUCAUUGAACAAGGAUAAUGAGGGGAAAUAG